CCGUCCCCACCAAAUAUUAUAGAUUUCCUCUAGUAUCUUUGGUCCCCACCGUCUCCCCCCUCUCUCUCUAACAACCAAAGAUCCUAUAGCGGAGCGGACAACCCACAAACACCAACCACUCCCCCUGGGUCUAACCCAGCCCCUGCAGUCGAGGGCGGAUCGGUGAAUCGAUGCAUCGUGUGUGUGAGAGUGAAUGAGAUAUUAGUCUGGUCUGGUCUGGCUUCUCUCAAAGCAGCAAUGGCGACCUCACUCUGCCCUGGUCUGGCUGUUCUGCGGAAUCUUCUGACCCACGUACAUUCAAGUCUCCCCAGGUUGCCGGCCUCCUGCAGUCUCGUUCCUCGGGCAGACCUGCACUGCAGCCUCGCGCUGUCUGCCAAAAACUGGGAGCGGAAGAACAGGAUAGUCUACCCUCCACAGCUGCCGCAUGAAGCUCGCAGGCCAGUGGAGGUGUUUCACUGCAGGAGGCAGAUCAAAUAUAGCAAGGACAAGAUGUGGUAUCUGGCCAAAAUGAUCAGAGGGAUGACCUUUGACCAGGCCGUUGCUCAGCUACAGUUCAAUGACAAAAAGGGAGCAAAGGUCAUGAUGGAGGUCCUUCUGGAAGCUCAGGAUUUGGCGGUGAGGAACCACAACCUGGAGUACAGGUCCAACCUGUACGUGGCGGAGUCGUUCUCCAGUAAGGGCCAGUACCUGAAGCGUCUGCGUUACCAUGGCAGGGGCAUGUUCGGCAUCAUGGACCGCGUGUACUGCCACUACUUUGUGCGGCUGGUGGAGGGGAGCCCCCCGGCCGUUGCCGAGACCACUCCCCUGGACCUGGCCAGAGACUACGUGCAGAAACUCCGCAACAGGACCAUCAUCCACGCCCUGUGACCGGCCCCCGUGGCCAAUACUGACUUGGGGGAGGGGAGGGCCAGAUGUAUCUUGGCACACAUGAACAAUAACAAUAAACUUGUAACUAUGUCCA